AUGGCGCUCGCACCCAAGACCGAGUCGCAGAAGCUGUUCGAGAAGCUGAAGCGGAAAGAGGCCAACAAAAUAUGUUUCGACUGCGGCGGCAAGAAUCCCACAUGGUCGUCUGUACCUUUUGGCAUCUACCUGUGUCUCGACUGCAGUGCCCAUCACCGUAAUCUGGGGGUGCACAUCAGCUUCGUGCGGAGCACCAACCUUGAUCAAUGGCAAUGGGACCAGCUACGACGCAUGAAAGUCGGUGGAAACGAGUCGGCUACGAAGUACUUUCAGAGCCAUGGAGGUAGCGCGGCGCUGGCGAGUAAGGAUCCGAAGACGAAGUAUACGAGCAAUGCGGCGAAUAAGUAUAAGGAUGAGCUGGCGAGGAGGGUGGAGAUUGAUCAGAAGAAAUCUCCGGAAAUCGUAGUUCUCGAGGAUGCGGCAGAUGAGGCUGGUGGCUCUGGCACCAAUACACCGGCUGGAGAGCCUGCUGAUGACUUCUUCUCGUCGUGGGACAAGCCAGCUAUCAAGAGGCCUAGCAACCCACCCUCAAGAACCGGCACGCCGUCGACAGUCGGUCGCACCGCUUCACCGUUCCUCUCCGCGAAUGCUAAUGGCAACGGCACUGCUCGGCCGAAGUCGCCUCUAAACCCAACAGAUGGCACAGCAGCGCCUCCUGCCGCCGCGCGAUCAGUAUCGUCCACUGCCGUGCGAAAGACUGCGGUAGCCAGCAAGCCCAAGGCCAACAUUCUGGGCGCAAAGAAGACGAAGCUUGGAGCGAAAAAGAUUGAUGCCAGCGCGCUUGACUUUGAUGAGGCUGAGAAGAAGGCACGGGAAGAGGAGGAGCGGAAGGCACGACUUGGAUACGAUCCAGAUGAGGAAACACCCGCAGAAGCAACGAUCAAUGCUGCCCAGCCAGCUAGUGCUACAGCCACAAUACAUCAGCCUACACCCGUCAGUCCACCCACAGCAGGCGGCUUCGGCGCAGCUGGCAAGCCUAGAGAACGAAGCGACAGUGAAAUGGAGCGUCUCGGCAUGGGCGUGCGAAGACUAGGCUUCGGACAAAUUGGCGGUGGAAAGCCAGCUGCGGCACCAAAAGCAGCCAUGGGCUUCGGAUCUGUUGGGCGAGCCGCUCCAGCUCAAGACGACUCAGAGAAAUACGCGCGCGAGAAGUUCGGCACUCAAAAGGGAAUCUCCUCCGACGAAUUCUUCGGUCGCGGAAUGCAUGAUUCCAACGCCCAGACCGAAGCGAAAUCGCGUCUCCAAGGCUUCGAGGGCGCGAGUGCCAUCUCUAGCAACGCGUACUUUGGUCGGCCUGAAGACGAGGGUCAAUCAGAGGAUUACGGCGAUCUGGAGAGUGCUGCGAAGGAUUUCGUUAGGAAGUUUGGAAUUACGGCUGGUGAUGAUUUGGAGAAUCUGUCUAGUAUGUUGGGUGAAGGCGCUGGGAAGUUGCAGGGUGCGAUUCGGAACUACCUUAACUCGUAG